CUGCUCGCAAGAGCAGCUUGGCAGCCUUCCGGAAGCGGCGGGGCGCGCCAGCAGCGCUUUAGCGUGAAGACCUGCCGUGGCUGCCGCGGGAGUUGUCCUGUGACCUGCCAGGAGCUGGCGGCCGAGCAAACAUGAAUGUUGGAGUUGCCCACAGUGAGGUAAACCCCAAUACUCGUGUAAUGAACAGCCGUGGUAUGUGGCUGACAUAUGCUUUGGGAGUUGGCCUGCUUCAUAUUGUAUUACUCAGCAUCCCCUUCUUCAGUGUUCCUGUUGCCUGGACCUUAACAAACAUAAUACAUAAUCUGGGGAUGUAUGUGUUUUUGCAUGCAGUAAAAGGAACGCCUUUUGAGACUCCUGAUCAGGGUAGAGCACGGCUCCUAACACACUGGGAACAGCUCGACUAUGGAGUACAGUUUACAUCUUCUCGGAAGUUUUUCACAAUUUCUCCAAUCAUUCUAUACUUUCUGGCAAGUUUUUAUACGAAGUAUGAUCCAACUCACUUCAUCCUAAACACAGCUUCUCUCCUGAGUGUACUUAUUCCCAAAAUGCCACAGCUGCAUGGUGUUCGGAUCUUUGGAAUUAAUAAGUAUUGAAGUGUUGCUGCAACUGAAGAGAACGGUUAAGAGCUACUGGGUUUCCUGUAAUGAAAGAGUAGUUAAUGAACUGCACUGUUUCUGUGAUAAUGUGAAAUAAGAGGUAUUUACACUUGAGGGCCAAGCACUGCUCCUUUCUAAGCUGUCUUGAAGUGCUCUACCUAAGGAUGCCUCUGUCUAAUUUGCUUGGUAUAUUUCUGAGAGAGGCUUUGCAAGCAGGCUGGGCAGGCCCAGCUUCUAUGUUAAUGGUAGUACAAUAAGGGUACAGUAACUUAAAAUCCAAGAAAAUGUGGGAUUUAUAAGAAACUAGGUCCAGCUUAUAGUGAGUGGACAUUAUGGUAGGGAAAGAACAUUCCAGUCAUUCAUUCAUGUCAGUUUAAGCAGACUUCUAGAAAGCAGAAUCACCUGUAUACAUGUUUUUAUUACUGUACACAGUCUACUUUAUAUGACACAUCCUCUUGUUUUAUACAAGCCCCCUCCUAAUGUGUGUGCUCUUGGGUUUCUGGCUUAGUAUUGUGCAUUGAUAAAUGAGGUAAUGUUUGCAUUUACUACAUGACAGGGUUUGUGAGGGUUUUGUCUUCAUGUCUUACUCUAAGAGAAGAAGAUAGGCAUCUCAGUCAAGGCUCUGACUCAUUUUGGAACAAAGUAGGUUUUACUGCUUUUCCAGAAGCAAAGCUGCUAAACCAAUUAAGAGAAUAACUUACUUCAAACACUUCCAGUCUUCAGUAGCUGAAAAGUAUUGUUUAGUUGGUUGUGCAAGUUGGUUAAGUCUAUCACUCUUUAGAAAAGGAAAUGCAAGAUGGGGCCAGCUGAUGUGGGCAGACCUAAGUAAUGAAUUCUUUAUCAGCAAAACUGAAGUAACAAAUAACAUCUGCUCUUAGUCUCUUAUUCUCCAUCCCCACAGUUUGGUUUACCCAGUUAUAUUUCCUUUUAAUGUGUGAGUCUUAGUGUAGAUGACCCAAAAUGGUACCUAUAUUCACAACAACACUAUAUUGAAUUCUUGUGACUGGGGGAAGCUUCUAAGUUGUUAGCAUUAAUUGUUUAAAGAGAAGUAAAUACCUUUCUAAAAUGAUAUAAAGCUGAAAAACUCAGUAUCAUAAGAGUGAAGACAGUUGUAGACCAACUUACAAAUCAAUUAUGGCAAUACACAGACUUAAUGGUAGUGAUCAUUGUUUCAUAUUUCAAAAGUACUGAAUUUAGAAAUCAGUUGUUUGAUACUGCCUUUGUAUGUUUGUCUUUUCUUGUGUAUCUUUAAAUAAUUGAUAAUUGAUGCUUUAAUAAAAAGUUUUCCUUGGUGUAA